CCUUUGCCCAAAUCUGAGUUUAAAAAAAAAUGAAAAUGGAAAAGAAGAAAUGCGGUGGGAUGCUGAUUUUCCAGGUGGCUGCUGACAAGGCAGCAUCCAGCUUCCCUGGCCCAGCUGGGAACUGGAGCUCUUCCUUUGUGGGGAGAGAGGCAAGGCCAUCAAUUGUCUCUGCAAUACACUACCCACUUCCACUGAUGAUACUGGGUUUCUUUCCUAUAUAUAAGUAUUCCCAGUCUAGUUGACAUCAAAUGUAAAUCUUUUAACUGAAUUACUUUGAAGUCAGCAUCACGAUGGCAGUAUUUGAUAAAUCUAAAUCAUGCUGCUGUGCUCUAGAUUAGCAGUGGGGUCAAACACAGCUCUUGCUGAAGAUAAACAAGUGUAGAACGUUCACACAAUCCAGUAGGAGGAAAUUUUGGAUGAAGAGGUGAGGUUGAGUGAUGUAUGUUCAUAGGAAAAUGGAUUGAAUUCAAACAAGUACCUUCACAAAAAAAAAGUGGGGGAGGGGCAGAUUAACAACUUAAUCAAUCCAAUUUUGGACUUUAAUGCCAAUCCUCAUAGGUGUGGGAAGGAAGUUCCCAUCACUUCUGCUGAAGUCAUUCUCUCCAUUGGAGCCAAAACCCUGGAAGCACAGGAACGCCUCUACAUCGUGUACACAAUCGCUGAAUAUCUCCAUCUGGAUUCCUCCCUGGUAACCCUGUUCCAGUACACAGACGUGGUACACAGAAACUUGCAGAACGUGACUGUGCUGGCCAGAGACACUUUGCACAUUGACUUCACAGUGAACCGCUAUGUAGGACUCUCCUGGCUUGUCAAGUGUGGAGAGCUCGCUGUGCCCCGCGAAUUCAUCCAAGUCCUGCAACGCAAUAUUGAUUCCCAUCAUCUCUCACAACUCCUAGGAUAUGAAAUUUCAGGCUGGAGAAUACUUAGGACAGAGAGUAACAAAAGAAAGUCUCCGAGACAACAGCACAGGCCAUUAAUGAUCACACCAACACCGACACUGAAAGUAAUUAGAAUUACUCAGAGACCAGCUGCUGUUGCUCCCCAUCCUUUGUUCUCUGCUGUGCCAAGUCGUUUACUCUUACAAUUUACUGUAUCAGCUACCCAGAAUUUAUAUAGGGAAAGUAUAACAGCAGCAAGUGUUGAGUUGCAGAAUAACAUCCAUUCUGUAAGUCAAGGAAGUUUAGUCACCUUAAAAAUGGAUUCAGCGUGGGACAUGCCAACUAAUAAUCCAACAGUAGUUGUUAUGUUUGGAGACACUAGUUCCUCAGAUCUUUCACCUUCACUGGUUCCUAAAUCAAUGCUUCUCUUCACUGAGCUGGAAGUGCUGCCCACCAGUGCUCCUGAAGUGUCCUUGCUGCUACAGCAACCUGAGCCUCACCUGCUUCAGACAGACUUAUAUUUCCAUUCUAGUAAAACAGAAGUAUAUGGAUCUCAUCUCCUACAGGACAUCACCUCAAAUAAAGACCUGUUUCCCAGACCCAUGUACACUCUGAUGAUGAACACCCUUCAUGAAUGGCCCCAUACCUUGACAGAGGCACUUUCUUCAGAGACAGAACAUCAUGUAAUUUUGCUACAAGAAACGUCAACAUCAGAAAUACCAGAUUACAGUGAUAAGGCAAGAAGCCACUUUCCAAAAUCUGAAAUGCUUUCUAGUGCAUCCCUGUCUCUGGAGAGGCUUCUGUCUCUAUCCCCAAGCACUCUGCUAACAGCCACAGCUUCAUCUGAUUUCACAUUUCCCAUCAAUUAUAUGUUUCCACCUUCACCAGCAAGUAGUAGCCCAAGCCAGGAGUUAGCUCAUAGCCAUGAACCAUUACCUAAGUCUUCCACAACUAUGCCGUCAUCCUAUAGAUUUGCAUUUAUUGAAGGGACAGUUUCUUCUGUGAUCCAAUCAGAAGCCCAGACCCUCUAUCCCAAACUCAAUUUACAUUCUGAAAUCUCAGCCUGCUUUUCCAGCUCUUUGUACAGCCCUUUCCCUGGUGAAGCUAAAACAUCUUAUGAAUCAAGUCUGCCCAUUCCGGCCCAUUCUCAUAGCACUCCAGUUCUUACUCUUACACCACCAAUUAUACAUUCUAUUUGUGGCAGCAUGCUCAAAACACAGAUACAGUCUCCAAGUAUUUUACCCACAAAGGAGCUGCACUCAGGCAGAGAUCUGGGAACAGGAAUGAUUUUGCCAAUCAUCACUGAGCCUACCCUGGAGUCACCCAAAAUCUCAGCUGUCAUAGUUGAUGCCAUAGAACUACCCCUGGUGACUUUAUUUACUGCCACGUCUCAUCUGUUCAACAGUGUGUCAGAGCUGCUUCAGACACCACCACCAUCACACCAGGAUGCAAGCAUCUCGCAAUUGCCUACUGAUGAAACACUACAGUUUACAGAAAGUAUAGGGAUUCUCCCUCCAUCUUCUACUUCACAAGAGCUUCAGAAUGAAACCCCAGGGCAAACAAACACUUCUCCAAAGGUUGUUCAUUCAAUCCAAUUUGUAACAGCAACUAUUGGAUGCCUGUUCUCUUUUCCUGUAUCUGCCGACACAUUUUAUGAUGAGGAAGAUGGCAAUUCAACUCAGUUAUCUUUGCAGUUAAUUCCAGCUGAUGGCUCUCCAGGGGGAUCAGAAAGCUGGCUUCAGUUUAAUGUGACUCAGCAGAUCAUGCAUGGCUAUCCCCUUGCUAUUGAUUUCCAGUAUUCACCUCAAGAGUUCAUGCUGUCUGCCACAGAUUCGGGGGGACUGACUGUCUGGCAAUCCUUUACCAUUGAGCUUCUGAAGCCCAUACACGUACCAUGCCACCUUUACACCAUCAGAACCAAAAACAGCUACUAUUCCUUCUUGAGAGACAGGAAAAGGAUUAGUUUAUUUCUAGAGAAGCUCUCCUUGUAUUUGAACUCCACCAGCCCCAAAGACAUUAUGGUGACCACUCUCAAACCUGGAUCCACGCUGAUCUCAUGGUACAACAGUUCCCUGUGUACAAGUGUCAACAGACCCUUCAGCUGGUGCAAAAAAGAGGAAAUCCAGGAAGCACUAAACAAACUACAAGUGCCAGAUGGAUACGUCAGUCCGCAUUUCAUCCAAGCAAUGUUACCAGAAUACAAGAUUGAUGCCAUCUUCAAUAUUUCAUACAGUGAUAACUGCUUUCCCACUACAAAGCCAUUUGGUGGAUCUUUCAACAGUACUGUGCCUGCACUUCAAGGCUGGGGUGACUCCAAUAUCAUAAAGCCCCCAACAGCCUUACUUAGCAGCCUUUGUGUCACUGUUGGGCUGGUUCUGCUCACAUUAAUUUACUGUUCUUGCAGGUAUUACAGCAAGAUUCCUAAAUCCAAGAUUAUGACAUUUCAGAGUAACUCCCAGCUAAGCCAUGCUGAUGUGGCAAUGGAUGUUCUGCAGCCUCGCAAAGUACCUGUACAUGAGUGUGGGGGAUCAUCAUCACAUUCAUUAUGGCUGCCACCUUUGUUAUCACUUACCUCCCCAGAGCAGUAUGCCAGGUCAGUAAGGUUGUCUCACGUCAUACCAUCUUCCCAGCCACCAAAAUAUCAGCUCCCACCCCAUUAUCAAGAGGGUACAACUAGCCAAAGUGACCAGAGUAAUAUCUGUAGAUUUAAGAUGACAUCUUCUAAAUGAUAGCAAAGCAAAUACACAAAUAGAACAUUUGUAUGCUAGGAAGUACUUUCCUUAUUGCACCAGAAAAGAAAAUGUAGCAUAAGGCUAAGUAGUUAAUUUUUCAAUUUCAGGUAGGACAUACGUUACAUAAGCUAUGCCUAAUGAAGAAGCAUAAGAAGAAUCAAAAUCCUGAAACUAAGAACAAAAUGCCAAAUGCAUAAGGUAAAGUUAUCUACAGAUAAGGUGGACAGACCAAUGGGUCUGCACCAGUCAGUCAGAAAAUGUGCACCAGACUGGUGAUAGUAGGAAUGAGCCAGAGCUGAGUAAAGCCAAUUUCAUUAUGACUCCAUUAGUUUUGUGAAGAAACAGCAGAACUGUCAGGAGAACCAUAACAAAAGCCAAUGUUUUCACUGAAAUUUGAAAGCCCUACAAGCCCUGAGUCCCUGUGUUAUCCCAUAAUUAUAUCCAUAUAUUUCUUUUUUAAACAGUAUGCAGAGAAGCCAUGCUGCACACAGGGCAGUCCAACAACCACCAACACUGCUCUGACACAGCAAACAGCCACUGAGAAGCAGACAGCCAACAGAUAGUUUGUGCAGGCUAAAUAGCCUAGACAUAAGUGCAUGCUCCUACUGUCAGGGAAGUGAGCAGAACCAGACCUAGUGAAGCAGAAGGCAGACAGGGAGAUGAACCGUGACUAUUAAACCACAAGUAUGAAAGCGCUGCUGACCCAUUAAGAUCUUUUUUGAAGGAACAGUACUUGCCUCACAAAUGUAACAGCAGCAAAAAGAUUUACUGAAUUAGUCACCAUGAAUUAUGGUAUUUCAAGUUUCAGAUGAAGAAAAUAUUGAUUUAGUUUUAAGGCCUCUUUCUGAGCUUUUCUAUAUUGACAAACUAAUACAUCAAAGCUGCAGGACCUUCAGUUGCUUGUACAGGCUAAAAUAAAGCAAUGGGAGUAGAUCAGAGGAAAACUGAUAGAACUCAGCUAAACUCAACUGAAAGCACAGAAAGACUGGGAACUAGUUUCUGAAUGAGGUUUUAUUUUUGUAUCUCUAUAGCUUCACGCCCUGCUCUUCUGUGACUGGCACGUUGAAGGAGGGAUCAGCUACUUGGAGAGAUUAGCAGAGAUUCUAAUGGGGGGGGAAGAAAGGAAGUCUGGUCAUUAGAUUUGUCAUUUCACAGCAAUAUUCAGCA